CACAUAUCGCAGGAUUUUGUUUUGCAUUAAGGACUCAAGAGUCACUGUUGUAGAUUAAUAUGUUUCGUCAUAGAAGAUUGGAGAAGUAAAAGUGAACCUUAACAUUACUUGCAUGAGGAAGAAACUUUAAGCAUACUUCUUGGCAGUGGUUAAAGCAACAACCAGAAUCUAGGAGCAUCAUGAGCAACAGCAGCGCAGUUUCUGAGUGGAAUAUAUCAGGCAUGGCAGCCAGUGGAAUCCUGGGCCUGGCAUUUCUGGUUGGGGCUCCAGGAAACCUGCUGGUGAUCUGGACCAUCGUGCAGCAUGUGAAGUUGCGUUCCUUCACUGUGGCCCUCAUCCUCCAUCUGGCUGUCGCGGACCUGCUGGUUGUGAUCACGCUGCCCUUCUGGAUCUACUCCAUGGCUCAAUCCUGGAUCUUCGGCCCAGUAGCCUGCAAAGCUGUGGUCUACGUGGUCUGCUCCUGUAUGUACGCCAGCGUCUUCCUCAUCACCGCCAUGAGUGUGGAGCGUUAUGUGGCCAUUCGCUACCCGUUCAGCCUGAUGAAUCAGAAAAGGACAGCGAUAUUGGUGAAGGCGCUUGCUGGCAUCUGGGCCCUAGCCUUCCUGUUUGCGAUUCCUUCAGUUAUAACAUACCAUGUAGAUAUGAUGGAUGGGAUACCACAGUGUCUUUUCCGGACAUACAGCUCCCUGAGCCAAGAGGUGGUAUGUUUUCUGCUGGAGAUCGUGAUAGGCUUUAUCAUCCCUUACUUAGUCCUUGGAAUAUGUUAUCGCCAAGUAGCCAGUUAUCUCCGUCAGAUGAACCUGCAGCAGAAAUGCAAGUCUUCCACUGUAAUCAUCUGUAUUGUCGUUGCCUUUGCCAUAUGUUGGUUCCCGUACCACUUAAACAACACCAUCCAUUUGUUUAAUAACCCAGAUGUGAACGAACCUGAUGAGAGCUUCUACCAUGCGCUUUCGCUAAUCUCUGGAGCCCUUGUAUUCAUCAAUAGCUCACUGAACCCUGUUCUCUAUACUUUUGUUGCUCGAAGAUUCCAAGGUAGCCUGAUGAAGUCAAAUUUGGUGAAGCUGUUUAAGGAUAUUGCGUCAACCUAUGCGAAAUCACCAGAAAGCACCGACCUGGCCACCAUACCAAAUAUUCUCCAUAAUGAACAAACAAGAAUGUAAGUCACGGGUUUUGCUCUGUUCUUUCAUUUAUCCAUUUCAUCCACUGUUCUUCAUGCUAACACAAGGAAAACUGCCAAGUGUUUUAAAAACAAAUCAGUCACACUAAAUGCCAUAAUAUUUGCAAAAUAAUCUGCAUCUAAAAAUAAAGAUAGGAAUUGACAUGUAUAUAAAUGACGUUUAUAAUUUCAAGUUUUGUUGUGUUAGAUGUUCUGCAGUUACCUGAAAAAAAAUUAAAAUCCUUGUCAGAGUCUGACCCCGGGAUGGGCGGGAACAGAAUGGUGUCGGUGGGGUAGAGGAUCAGAAGACAGAGAAACGGAUGGUAAACUGAAGUGAUUAUACUGAGUAGUGGUAACAAUGCACACACAGCAAAUGGACAACAAUACAACAAUACUGCUAGACUUCAGGGUCCUGUUUCAGAAAACAGGAUCUUUUGCUUAGUCAGAUAACUUGUAGGAUUUAAGGAACCCGAGUUUAAAUGGACUUUAUCCUCUGUCACUUACAUAUUGUCAAACUACCUUAAAUGUCACAAGUUAUCUGGUUAAGCAAGACAUUCUGCUUUCUGAAACAGGACCCAGGAGUGACCUUAGCCAAAAUAACAAACAAACCUAGACUAACUUUGUCAAAACCCCAGUUGCCUUGCCCCCUCCCCAAAGAAAAAGAAAAGGAAACAAAAAGACAAUAAGCGUUCCUCAAUUCCUGUCCAUGUGACAGCCAGCCAAAACACGUACAAACAAAAUGGCAGCCACUCCUUACACACCAGACGAAUGUACAAAUAAACUGAAGUGACAACUCAAAGGGGAUAGGCAAAAGUCGCGGUCAAGAAUAAAAAAGAAGAUCCAAAAAACCAAGCCAUCCACAAACAAACUGAGACUGAGGUGCAGCAGAAGCCAAAGUCAAUUAUCAAGAAUACAAUAAAUCCAAAGAAUAGCCAAUACAAUGAAAACGAGCAGAGCUGGCUUCUUGCAGGUACAGCGAGCUUUUGAAGUGGCAGAAGGUAAAAAGCCGCAAGCAGAGACAUGGAGGGAAGAUCUGGAAUGGAGUAAGAGGAUUGGACUGAAACAAAUUGGAACUGUGAAGAGCUGGAAUGGAUGGGUGGAACUGCAAUGUACAGGCAGAGAACAGCAGCGUAGAUACUGUGAUUCUAAAAGCUGCACAAAAGGAACAGGGCAGGAUGCCAAGACAAAUCACAAGACACGUGCACCCUACGGGAUAAGGGUACCGGUUCACCUAAAUAACACACCCAUGGACUUCAAAUCAACAUAAAGACAGGAAGGAUCCACAAACCAUGUAUAUGCCAACACUGUAAUGAAUCCCCCAUCUGUAAAAGUCUGAACACUGCCCAUGCACUCUCAAUACUAACCUAAAUCAAUCCAAAGAAAUUACCUUAAUGCAUUACUAAUUACUUAUCAUUAUAUUGUUUAUUCAGCUAAAUGAUUAUCAGCCAUCAAUGCUUAUUGAUACUUUAAUACAGUUUAGAGUACUUCUUUUUUUUCAUUUACUAUGAAACAGGAAAUUGUUUACUAUGAAACUAUUAUGUCAUAUUUACACAAUAGUAAAAUCCAAAAGAAUGAAAUACUUGAGAAAUGUUUACAUGUUUUCAGGAAAUAUUGCAGGAAAAUAUUGUUUCAAUGAUGUGACUUCAAUUAACAUUUGAAUAUGCAAACAUUUUAUGUUACUCUAUGGAAAAUAAACGUGUAGUAGACUGAACAAUGAAAGUCGUCCGUGUUUCCAUCUUCACAUGGCGCAGGGUGGAGACAGGUGGACCUGUCUUUCUUGG